AUGCUGCCCACCCCCUUCUCGGUGAAGGACAUCCUCAACCUGGAGCGGCCGGAGGGUCCCCGCACCCCCUCCGGUGCCCGCAGCGCCCGCAGCCCCGACGGGGAGGACGAGCCGCAACCGCGGAAAUGUUCGCUCACCCCCCCCUCGGAGGGCGAGGAGAAGAAAAGCCCCCCCUGCCCCCUCCCCAGGCAGCGGCAGAGGAGGAAGCCGCGCGUUUUGUUCUCCCAGGCGCAGGUUUUCCAGCUGGAGCAGCGGUUCCAGCGGCAGAAAUACCUGUCGGCCCCGGAGAGGGAGGAGCUGGCGCGGCUGCUCCAGCUCAGCUCCACCCAGGUGAAGAUCUGGUUCCAGAACCGGCGCUACAAGAGCAAGCGGCAGCGGCAGGACAAAUCCCUGGAAUUGGCUGCCCACCCGCCUCCCCCUCGCAGGGUGGCGGUGCCGGUGCUGGUGAGGGAUGGCAAACCCUGCCUGGGGCGUUCCCAGCCUUUUCCAGCCUUUCCCGGCCCUUAUUCCUACGGCUCCUGCUGCAGCCCCUACGGGGCCGCCUUUGGGGCGGGGUACCCCGCGGUGCCCCCCGGUGCCACCCCCGGCAGCUCGGGCAUGGCCAGCCCUGCUCGGGACCCCCCCUCAGCCCCUCGGGUGGCACUCAGGGCUGGCAGGUGGAGGUGA